CUUCACCUCCCUGAGACGAAUGUCUAAUAUCCGCUCCUCAAAACUCUUCCGUCAGACUUUAUAGUUGUUGAUCACCAUGUGCGACUCGACAUUCGCCCUGAGCCAGCGCGGUGGCCACUUCUUCGAAUGCCUAUCAACGCAAUCCCAUUCUCGCCUUCUAAAUAAGCUCCGGAGGCUUCUUACCUCGACACAAAUCUUACAAGUUCACCGCGUGACCCCUGGCUUCGAGAACAGCAUUCUCGUAACUUAUCGUGACAAUUACGGACAAGAUCGUAUUGAAUCCCAAGAUCUCCCAGAAGAACUCAUCAACCCAAGUGUAUGUGGUGUCUCAGGAUAGUCCUCUUGCCGAUGUAUGAGUAGGAGAACAUGUCUGCCACUGAGCGUAUCAUUAGCAUGUCAUCGCUGUUGACCGCAUUGUCGGGGACACGGGAGAAGCUUAGUGAUAGAAGCAUAUCAGUCCACCUCUUAAUACCUUCAUUAAAUUCUUAGUCACAACCAUUGGCGGUAGACUGGUCCUCAUGUUGCUACCGUAUCAUCCCGAGAGAUCAAGUCCUUGAGGAAAUGAAGAAGCUCAUUGGGUUUGGCAUUUUUUGUUGCAGCCUGGGGGAUGUAUUCCUCGGUUUCAAACAUCACAUUUCCGUC